AUGAUGAAUUCAACAACAAGCAAUAGUUCUGUUGCACCAGAACGUUUCGAUCGGCAACUAAGAUUAGUAGAACAAAUAGUUUUAGCGACUAUAUUCAUAUCUGCAUUAAUUGGAAAUAUAUUGGUAUUAAUUGUUAUGUUAACAGCAAGGCAUAAACGAAUUACACGAAUGGCGUUCUUUAUACUUCACCUUACAAUAGCCGAUUUAUUAGUUGCAUUCUUUAGUGUUUUACCAAUGCUUAUAUGGAAAUCAACAUCGACAUUUUUCGGUGGUGAUAUUAUAUGUCGCCUAAUUACUUUCUUUAUGUUAACUUCAACAUAUAUUUCUGUUUAUACGUAA